UUAUCUGCUAAAAGAAGAGUGACUAUCCGUGCAUUCUCAAGUGGUGAAGGAUCCGUGGAUAUCCGUGAAUUCUAUAUGGACAAGAACACACAAGAAAUGAAACCAGGAAAAGGUAUUUGUUUUCCUUUGGCUCAAUGGAACAAAUUAAAGGGACUUGUUGGUGACAUUGAUGAUGCUCUUGAUGCUCUUUCAUCAACCAAAAAGCAAAAAUAG